UCUUCCUUCUCUUGUAGCAAGACUGUAGAAGCUGCAAUGCAGGACGUUACUGCACUUACACAUCUCUUGUUGCCCGAGACACUCGCCUCAACGACAACAUGAGUCGCCUGAACUGCAGACAAGCCAUAUCCAAGCGUCUUAAAGCCAUUUCGCCCAUAACCAUUACGGAUGUGUGGAUCUACAGCAUGAAAAAGGAAGGAAACUACCUGCAAGUUGUCAGCGGUAUGGAGAUCAAGGUCUCCAAGCUCCACUGGUUCCCAUGGAUUUUCGUGUUCACCAUGACCAUCACCGUUAUGAUCGUCUACGCGUGGAGCGUCCUCAUCGGAGACGUGCCCGUGUUUCUGCCGUACGUCAGCGAUGCAGGUGGCAAUCCUCCGCAAAGUGCACUAUUCGGGCUCGCCAUGAUCGCCUGCAUACUUUCAGGCCUGACACCAAUGCUGGUUCGCUUCUUCGCGGUGAAAGCGGUGGAUUGCAAGCACAAGAAGAUUGUCACGCUGCUCAACUACUUGUCGCUCAUUAGCGCCGUACUGGCUGGCACCGGCAUGGCCAUGGUGGCUACAAAUCCCGUCAGCCACAUACGGCGGGAUGGCACUUGGCUACUUCCAGUUCUGCUUCCACACAUCGCGGGCGCCGGUCUGACGUUCGUCUUCUCGACGGGCUACUUCAUCAUACAGGCCUUGUUCGUGUGGCUUCUGGGUCGAGAACACUGCCGUCCAAUGCUUGGAUACGCUAGAAUCAUCUCCACGGCAGCCACCAUUGGUGGCGCCUUGGCCAUGGCCGCGUUUGCUCCAUUCAACAGCCUAGAUGACUUCAAGCCAAACCCAAAUCGUGGCACUAUCUAUCGCGGCAUGAGCCCGUGGUCCUCUGUCGGCGAGUGGAUUCUCAUCCUCGGCCUCAUGUGCAACUUCCUCACGCUCUCAGCUGACAUGAAGGCCGUCAACAUCACCGUCAACCUGGAAAAUGUGGUCGUCAACACCGAAACCCAGCAGGAGAAGGAAUCGAGCAAUGAAAUGAUGAAGUUUUAGUGACGCCACAAAGUGGCGUGGACAUUGAUGUGUGGUAUGACAUUGACAGACAGCGGGCAUUCAGGACGCCAACAAGUACUGGUCGUGAAGCGAUGAGCCUCAUGGAUUGAUUAUGCAGGCGAAAUGGUCGCGAUAGGAAACGAGACGAAUUCCAGGCACCUCUAUUGUACUGCCUUCAGAACAAUCGCUGCCUAAGGGUCAUCCUAGUCUAUGCAAACUCACUGUUGGCUUUUGGUCAAAAAGGCAACGGCAGUAUGACAAAGCACAAGUUAUACACAAUUUAUAUAUAUAUAUAUACCUCGUACAGACAGCUUCUAAAGGUUGCUUUAUACCCUGCUUCUUCGCCUGUACGACUUAGGUAACAUCUGCACUCUGCUCAACCGGUCGUGGAAGCACGUGUUUUAUCUUUACAGCGAUCAUCCAACGGCUCAUAGCUUUGUACGUGCUAUUCUAGCAGUUCAGUUUGCGAUGAAGUGACGGACAGCGAGAAUGUUUCAAUGCUCGCUGUGGGGACCGCGUUUACUUAAGUAGUCAUUUCGUUUACUUACACCGGUUUAGCGAUAAAGGAGAGAGCUACUUUGUAUAACAUUCCGGCACGUUACUAACGCAACUAUUGCUUUGUGCUUGCAGUAAAACCAUCACUCUUGUAAUGCUCUACAUGCGGCACAACUCCACAUUGCUUCCUCAUGAGCCCGUUGAACGGGAAACGCUCACAGAUCGAAGAUCGUACAGCCGAGUCACGAACUGGACACAGUCUUGUUUCGAUGCCUGUAAAUACUCUGUACAGUUUGUAAUAAAGUUUUCCACGAUGUUUUGUU